GAAAAAAAUCACCAACCGUGAAUGGGUGAACACGAAGUAAGUUAAGUUACUGUGAAAAACAACGUUUGGUGUCCUGAAGAAACACUAGAUGGCGUCAAACUCCAGGUAGCUGUCUCAGGCACUCUGAGGCAGCAGUGAUGGCAGGCACAACUGCGCUGCCGCUCCAGCAGCUCAUCGCUUCAUUGGACAAAACUUGUCUGCCAAAAAUUCUACAAGUUUGCUCUGGAGUUUAUUUCCAAGGAUCGAUAUAUGAACUCUCUGGGAGCGAGGUAUGCUUCUCUACCGGGGAUCUAAUAAAGGUCAUUGAUAUUGAGCUCUUAUCCGUUUGCUGUGAAGACAUCAGCAACAAAGAGAAGUUCGAGCUCCCCAUUAACCACACAGGCUCGUUCAGGAUUGUUCCUGAGGAGAUGCCGUACAGCUCAGUGGAGGAGAUGUUAAGCCUGAGGCCUGUGGGUCUUGAAUCCUGCCUUCCCUUCACAUUCACCUGCAGCUCCAAGAUGACCUUUGAAAACUUCACACUGGGUGCCGGAAGAGCUUUAACUGUGCUCUCUGUUGAGCGGCAAGUGAACAAGGAGGAUCAGGUGCGCUGCCAGGUAAAAGGACAACAAGAGGCCUCAGCAGAAGUGUGUAUCCCCCUCUCUGCCCAAGGGGAGUUCAGGGAGUGUGUGAGCGAGGAGUGCUUCACUCUGCAAGAGAUCCUGUCCUCACCCUGCCUACUAAGUCGAAGGUUUCAUUUUGUCAACACAACCAAAUGGGAGAAUCCUGUCAUCUUCAGUCCGGUGUACCAGGUCCAUGCCAUCAUGAACUUACGUAAGAGUGUGUUGAAAUUUCCCUCCAGCCUAGAGGUGGAUGUGAUUGAUGUCACUGAUUUGUGUAAGGACGCCAACUUUGUGACCCCGCUCAGUCUCACAGAGGUCUUAUCCCAGCCGGAUGAAUCGUUCCCUGCAGUUGUGGAAAUCGUAGAAAGUCCAGAGAGUCGCCCUCUGUUCAAGAGCAGCUGGUUGUCAGACCUUAACCAGCACAACCGCCUGGUUUUCCACAAGAAAGGAACAUCAGCUUUGGUUUUAGUAUCCAACAUGAAGAGCAGAAAGAUGCAGCAGUACUUCCUGGUGUCUCAGCAGUAUGGGGGAAGAUUUCGGAGGCGACCCAGGGAGUUUAAUUCAGUUUACCAGCUUUAUGUUGCUUCAGUCCAUGCUCCAGGUCUGAAGGUGAGCGUGACAAGGAACUGUGAAGAAGUGGAAGAAGAGGGUGUGCCUGCCCUCAGUGUGGGAGAACAGCUGGAGGUCCUUCGCUGUGAGAGGAUGGAGCUGCCUUGUGAAGACAGCAAAGGGCAGAAGCAGUCAGUGGAGGCUCUUUUGUGUCAGCGCCUCCAAGAGUCUGACGAUGAGGAUGAUGAAGAGGAGAUGAAGCAGGAUGAGAAAGAGGAGGUUUUUCUGCCUCUGUAUAUGCAGGGUCACUUUGUGGAGGUGCUCAGUGAUAACAAGAAGUACAAACUCAGGGACCUGGGGAAGGAGUUUAGCUUGCCGCUGGAUGUUAAAGUGGUGAGCCGGGACACCGAACUGGACACUGAUCCACUGGCUGGGUUUGCAUGUGUCCGAAUAGAGGCGGCGAUGUUAGAGCCCAUCAUCCAGGCCAGCUUUCUACACAGUCCUGGCCAGUGUUUUGAAAUCCCAACCAAGUGGCUCUCUAUGUCCGUGUCUUUCACCAGAGACCCUCUUCCAUGGCCCAGCGGUCAGCCGCCAAAGUGCUGUGUGGAUAGAGUUACAGAAGUGACGGACAAUUUUUUUUAUGAAUUUCAAAAACAAGGGGACUCAGAUGCAGCUCCUCCACCUCGACCACCAAAGAGGAAUCUCUCUUCCUCACAGUCUUGCAAGGCAAGAAAACCGUCUAAGAAGUCAUCCAAGGUUGACAAGUCUAAACACAGAGCACACAAAAGCAUACCCACCAAAGAGGUUGCUGAUUUGACUUUGAACAGCAAAAAAAGGCCCCCAGCUCCCCCACCUCCAGUUGUUUCAGAUGAUCAGCCUCCACCGAUCGUACCACGAAAGCACUCAACACCUGAGAUGACAUCAGCCAAGGCUCUGCCGAACACUUAUGUGCAAAGAGAUGAUUCAAAGAAAAAAGCAGCAUGUGAAGUGGCAGCAGAUGUGGACAGCGACCAUGACUAUGAAACCGUGGAUGAAAAUCUGAUAACAAUGAUGAAGACGGCGCAGGAGAGCAUCAUAUUCUAUUGAGAAAUUUAACAACACUGUCUGCAGCAGCACAAUAUGACAUUGGAACUAUUGAACAGAGCAGCAAGGUAGAAUGUGUAAUUGCAGGGUUUUUUUAGCUCUACUUUGAAGAGUGAUGUUGUACUGCUGAACCAAAGAAUAUCAUCUUAUAUUUGGUUUAAACGUUCGACCAAGCAAACUGUAGAAGUGGUUUAAAUAUCAAUCCUUUAAAUGCUAGUUAAGGAUAAGCUUAGAUAUUUUAGAUAACAUUUUAUGCAGGUUCCUGAGAAUAGACUGCACCUUUGGGCACUUAAGAUGUUUAUAAGAUUGUACAGUGCCUAUAAAAAGGAGUCAGCAUGGGUGCUUUACCCUUUUAUUAGCUUUAUAAAUAAAUCAUGGUCAAUAUAAUUUGGCUUUUUUGACAAAAAAUGCAAAAAGAACUCUUUA